CGACAAGCACGCAGCGGCACUUGGGCGGGAGGCACAGCUCGAGCGUGAGGGACGGCGUCCUGAGCGUUGCAGACGGCGAGGGCGUCAUCGUGCUCCACCUCGCCCACAUGGAUCGGUUCCCCGACGAGCUCAAGCGCAUCCUCGAGGACGACAAGAUCGAGAAGCAGAUCCUCGGAGCAGGCUGGUGGCUGCGCGAGAUCAUCGCCAAGCCGACCUUCUACGGCUGCGAGCCGCGCAACAUCAUCGACCUGCGGCACCUCGCCGAGUGGUGCUGGCCGACGCUCGCCGACAAGUCGACGCGCCCCAGGCUGCACAACGACUUUAUGACGGUGCUCGCCAAGGACUUUCUCGGGCUACGGUACGCUGUGCCGUCGGCGGAUGAGAGAGGGUACCAGAUGCGGCAGCUGCAGGGCGCCAAGCUCGACGUGCUCAUCAACCAGGCCUGGUUCGCCCACUGCGCCGGGUCCGAGAUCCGCCAAAAAGUGCCCGAGCGCGUCGAGUUCAAAGUCUCUCGCGGCGCGCUUCCUGUCCCGGCUUUCAUGCGAGAGCGUCUCGUCGAGCGACUCGUCGAGGAGCUGCACGGGCGGGCGAGGUGGAGCGUGGACGAGGUGAGGGAGGCGAUGCAGCGGACGAGGGAGAGGGAGGGCCGGAUCGAGUGACGAGGAGCGAGGCAAGGGUACGGCGUUGCGAUGUGCGAGGUUCGAGACAUGCUCAAGAGGGUGUGGAGAGUACAACAACAGCUCGGCGGGCGAGAGGAGAGCAGGAGGGCGGAAGGAGGAGAGCGAUCAUGCCGUGCUGAACAGGUCGAGGACCUCGUCCAUCGACUGAGCGAGUGAGUCGCCUCCUCGCGCGAGCUCUUUGGGCGCCUCCUUCUUCU